UCGCUCAUUCUGUUUGCCUACCCAAACGACUUCACUCUGUUGUCUACCGAAACGACAUCUCAUUCUGUUGUCUACCGAAACAGACUUCAAUGGCUCGUCUAUGGGUAGAUUAAUUAAUUAAUUCCCACUCCUUUCAACCAACUGGUACUGUCUAUACAUGAUCAGUAAAGAUCGAUCGAGCUGUAUGUCGAUCUAUGUCGAUCUGGCCAGCAAUGUUUGCAGAUCGAUCGAUCGCUCAAUCACCCGUCGUCGCCUCAGUAUAUAUAAGCUUUUCGUCGUUGCUGCUGCUUCGCUGCAUGUUCAGAGCAUCUGGAAAUAAGGUGUGGCAGUUUCCUGAAUGAUGGGGCGAGGACAAGGGAGGCUCCUCCUCCUGGGCUUAGCCGUCUGCGCCGGGCUGCUGACGGCCAUGGCGGCCGGCAUCGUCGCAGAAACGGCGGCCGCUAAGUCUGUCGUCGUCGGCAUGGCUCAGUGCGUGCACUGCGCGAGGAAGAGCAUGGACGCCGAGGCAACGUUCAAGGGUCUUGGGGUCAGGAUCAAAUGCAAGAACGGCAACGGCGAGUACGAGAGCAAGGCCAUGGGCAAGCUCGACAGCUCCGGAGCGUUCGCCGUGCCACUGCCGGCCGACAUCGACCUGCGUGCCGCCGAGUGCUUCGCGCAGCUCCACAGCGCGUCGAGCAGCGAGCCUUGCCCGGGGCAGGAGCCGUCCAAGAUCGUGCCGCUGUCAGAGCCCGACGGCACCUUCGUCGCCAUGGCCGGCAAAACCACGGAGCUCCAGAGCCACAGCCACCACCCGGGGUCCGAGUGCGCGUCGGCCAACAUCUGCUUCCCGUGCCACAACAGCAGGAAGAACCUGUUCUUCGGCCGCAAGCCGUUCUUCAUGCGCCGCCGCAUGAAGCCCUGGCCGCCCGAGUACGAGCUUCCGGCACCCGAGUACGGCGCCCCGGACUGCCCUCCCGACUCUCCGGAGUACGGGACCCCGACGCCAGUGUACGGGACACCGGCGCCGAGGUGCCUUUGCUCCCCAACCCCGGCGCCGGGCUGCCAAUGCCCGAUGCCCACGCCGGUAUACGGGAUGCCGGCGCCCGUCGUAUACGCUCCACCGGCACCCGUAUACGCUCCACCGGCGGCACCCGUAUACGGAAUGCCCAUGCCGACGCCGGUAUACGGGACGCCGAUUCCGACGCCCGUGUACGCUCCACCUGCACCCGUCUACGGGACUCCCACGCCGGUCUACGCUCCACCAGCUGCUCCCGUGUACGGAACUCCCGCUCCCGUAUACGCUCCUCCGACUCCCACGCCGGUGUACGGGACGCCGAGCCCGAGAUGCCUAUGCUCCCCUACGCCGGCGCCCGGGUGCCAAUGCCCUGCUCCGGUAUACGGGACGCCCGCGCCUGUAUUAUACCCGCCUCCGGCGCCGGAGUACGGGACGCCGACGCCGACGGUGUGCCCUCCUGCCGCUCCGGUGUACGGGCAGCCGGCUCCACCGGAAUGCGCUCUUCCCGCGCCGGCAUACGGGGCGCCACCGACGCCGGAGUGCCCUCCAGCUGCCACGCCGGAGCUCGUCACUCCCCCGGCCCACUAAGUCCAGUAACUAUAGCUCCAUUAAUGAUAACUAGAUCCGACUUACUGCUAUUAGCAUACGUACGUACCACUAUACCAACGCCUAGCAUGGGGAAUAAAGGAAUGGGACUUGAUUAAUUGUGGUCGCCGAGGUUGCACUGAACGAGCUCUGAUGAGGAUGCCUGGAGUCUGCAUUUCGGAUGUGUUUUGGUUUGAAAUUUGUCGCGGCAUUUGGCAAUGUAAGCUGGAUGCAUAUGCAUGUGCUUCAUUAAAGGGAAACUAUCUGUUUAAUUACUAAUUAGUCAUGCUGAGGAAUAUAAUGUUUGCUCUAGAUGUGAAUGUGAUCGAUGUCUGUCGGUUAUAUGCACAAUAUUUGUAUGUAAUUGUUCAUCUUUUCAAAUAUUCGCAUUGGAUUCCACA